AUGUUUACAAAGGUGUCGUAGGUGCGCUGGUGAGCAUUACUCGUGAUAAUCAUUGCCGACUUACGUAACGUAACAUCACAUUACGGUUGAAUCCAGCCAUCAAGACACGCCCUUAUUCUUCGGUUCUUCCCAUUCCUUUAGUCUCUGUCGAAAGGCCUUUCAUUUUUCGAUUCUAUUCCCACUUCUUCUCUCUCUCUCCAGCGUCCGUCGAUUCACCGACCGAUCUAUCGAGAAGGGAAUUUCAGAAAGGGAUGAAGAUCACGGCUCUCCUAGUUCUGAAAUGCAUCGAAUCAUCGGGGUCGGAUCCGAUCGUUUUAGCCAACGCGUCGGACGUGAGCCAGUUCGGUUAUUUCCAGCGCACCGGAGCCAAGGAAUUCAUCCUCUUCGUUGGCCGCACUGUGGCCAAAAGGACACCGCCCGGGCAACGCCAAUCUGUCCAGAAUGAAGAAUACAAGGUGCAUUCUUACAACAGAAAUGGGCUAUGUGCUUUGGCCUUUAUGGAUGACCAUUAUCCUGUGCGAAGUGCAUUCUCUCUCCUCAACAAGGUACUAGAUGAAUAUCAGAAGAACUUUGGGGAUUCUUGGAGAACAGUUCAGACAGAUUCAACUCAACCAUGGCCCUAUCUGAAUGAUGCUCUAACAAAAUUUCAGGAUCCUGCAGAGGCUGAUAAGUUGCUGAAAAUUCAGAGGGAUUUGGAUGAAACCAAAAUUAUCCUUCAUAAGACUAUUGAUAGUGUGCUUGCACGUGGCGAGAAGUUGGAUAGCUUAGUCGAGAAGAGCUCUGAUCUGAGUGCAGCCUCCCAGAUGUUUUACAAGCAAGCCAAGAAAACCAAUCAGUGCUGUACGAUAUUGUAAACUUACUCGGGAGAAGCAAAGGUCUUUGAAAGAGACUUCUUAUGAGAUGCUAUUCUGUCUUUGAAUCAGAUGAUGAAUGGUGUGUGUAAUAUCUAUAUCAUUUAUUUUAGUGUUGCUUGCCUUAAUUUUCA